CUUUCCCCUAUCUGCAACAACAAACAUGUCCUUCGGUGGCUUCGGGCAAGCCGCAGCGAAGCCGGCUUUCAGCUUUGGCAACAACUCCCAAUCCAGCACCACUCCCGCCCAACCCGCCCCAUCUGGAGGUACAGGCCUCUUCGGGUCUACCACCAAUCAACAGCAAGGAGCUACGGGCGGCGGUCUGUUUGGACAACAACCAAAGCCUGCCGGUGGUCUGUUUGGCUCGGCGGCCAGUACGUCCACCCAGCCUCAACAGCAGCCCGGCCAGAGCGGGGGUCUCUUUGGAGGAUUGGGUCAGAGUCAGCAGGGACAACAGCCCCAGCAAGGCCAGACGGGAGGGGGAGGAUUGUUCGGGAGCACGACGAGUAAUACUGCGUCGGGCGGUCUGUUUGGUCAAAAACCUGCUGGAUCGGGGCUGUUCGGCUCUACAUCUUCUGCCCCUGCCCCUGCCCCUGCUCCUGCUGCAGGCGGUGGCUUGUUUGGCUCUACUUCUCAGCCCCAGCAGCAAAAUGCUGGCGGUGGUCUCUUUGGCAGUACCCAGCAGGCCCUGCAACAACAAGCAUCUGGGGGGCUAUUCGGUGCUCAACAGCCCCAACAGCAGCAGCAGCAAGGAGGUGGUCUAUUCGGUAGCACUGCUCAGAAGCCAGGGGGGGUGUUUGGAGGCUUUGGUGCUUCGACUUCUCAACCUCAGCAGCAGCAGCAGCAGCAGCAACCCCAACAACAACAGUCUGGGCUCUUUGGCUCGACUCUUGGUGCGCCCCAACAGCAGCAGAUGGGGCAGAGUCAGAUGCAGCAAAGUCAGUUGGGGCAGAGCAUGUUUGGGGUGAAGAAGGAGCAGGACAUUGAGAGCAGGAUAAGGACAGUGCAGAAUGCCUGGGAUAGUGCUUCGCCAGAGUGUCGAUUCAAAUACUUUUUCUAUAAUGUAGUCGAAGAGGGUACCGCGUCUCGUUACGGUCGCCCCGCCAACGCUACCGACGACGCCCAAUGGGCCAAAGCCCUCCGAGACAACCCUGAUCCCAACUCUAUGGUACCUGUGCUCGCUGUCGGCUGGUCAGACGUCAAGAAGCGCCAACAGAUGCAAGAAAACCUCGCUGCCGUGCAUCAAGAACGCACUUCUGAAAUAACGGCUGCCCUUUCGCAUACCCGUCAGACAUCACUCUCUUCGUCUAUCCGUCUCGCCAACCUGCAGCAACGCCAGUCUCAGCUCGUGCACCGACUCAUCCAUCUCGCGUCUGUCACGCCUGGCAUUGUGCCGCUCAACCAGCAGGGCGGUGUGUUGAGGGACGAUGAGGUGGCCUUGGCCAGGAAAUUGGAGGGAGUGAAGAGGGAGCUGGAGGGGGCAGCUGGGAGCGUUAGAGGCGGUAGUGUCAGGAGAGGAGACGGGGAACUCAGGGGGAGACUAUUGGGACAGGUCAAUGAGCUCUGGGGUCAGUUAGAAGAAGUCAGGCGCAGGAGAAAAGUACGAGGACAAGAAGGGAGAGAAACUUGGAUCGGAGACGAGAGGCUGUUGGCGGAGAUUGCAGAGGUUCUAACGACACAGCAAACGGCUAUACAGAAGCUGUCAGACUUGGCGCAAGAAGAAAACUUUGAUGCGGAUGUGGUCCUCCACGGACAUGGGCGGUAGCAUGUUACUCUUGAACGAUGCACAGAUUCAUAAUUGUCCUUGAUGAAGC